UUUAUUCUUUAAAGUGUGUGAAAAGUGUUAGAUAUAUAAAAAACCACACGGCUUUACAUAGAAAUAAACAUGUCGUUCCAUUUGAGCACUAAGGAGCGUCUAUUACUUUUGUUAGAUGAUAUUGAAUUAGUGGCUAAAGAGCUAAUUGAAAAUACUGUUGCACCAAAGCAUCAGAAAAUUUCUACUGCUGACCAUACAGCUCUUGUGGAUUUACUGGUGUCCAAAGAUGAAGAAUUCCGAAAAAUGUUGGAACUCGCCGACGAACAGGCUAAAAUUGAACAAAAAAUGGACGAAUUACGCGCUAAAGUUGAAGUGCAUGAUCGUGAAAUACAAAAAUUGCAAAAAUCAUUGAAGGAAGCAGAACUCAUACUUUCAACAGCAAUUUUUCAAGCACGUCAAAAGCUAGCCAGCAUUAAUCAAUCGAGGAAGCGACCGGUAUCCUCAGAAGAACUUAUUAAAUAUGCACACCGCAUUAGUGCAGCAAAUGCAGUGAGUGCACCGCUUACUUGGUGCAUUGGCGAUGUGCGACGCCCCUAUCCUACGGAUAUCGAAAUGCGCAAUGGCUUCCUGGGUAAAUCAGAUUUAAAUAUAAACGGUGGUGGUGUGGCGCACCAAAAUAAUGUACCCGAUGCACAACGCAGCAUGACGGAAGUGCCAAAUGCUUUUCAAAAUCAAUUCAACUGGAAUAAUCUGGGUGAAUUGCAUAUGUCUAUGGGAUCUACCGGUAAUUCGGUUGCUUUGGAGACACGUGCACAUAAAGAGGCAUCUCAAGAUGAUGUCGAAGUUAUGUCGACGGAUAGCUCUAGUUCAAGUUCCAGCGACUCACAAUAAACGAAUUAUGAAAAAUUAACGAAAAUACCUAUCUUAUAAUUUAAUAAUAAAUAGCUACCGCGACUUUUAUAUAAAACA